ACUACCCCGGUACUUAUACAGAAGAAGAUGGAAGACUUUUCCCAGAUCCAGAUUAUUCGUCACACGUUGACUACCGAUGGGGUUGUGAAGGACCAAAAGAAAACCAUUUGGAAGCUCUUAAAUGCCCCUGAUGGUGAGGAUGAGCCACAUUGAAGAAGAUAUAAAAUCAAGCAGCGCCCAUUAAUUGCAUCUCAUACUUAAUCAAGGAUCCUAGUAAGGCAAGGAAAAUUGAUGAUUUAAGACAGAAACUGAGUAUGCGGGGACUACACUGCCAUCCAAUGUACUGCAGGAGCUCAACGCGAAUGCAAAUUGUUCCUCUCCUUGCUUCUCAAGCACAAGCUCUCAGGUACCUUUUUGUAAGGUGGAGAUUGAAUGUUGCAAACAUGUAUGUGUUUCUUGGAGAAAGUGGAGACACUGAUUAUGAAGAAAUGAUAGCAGGGACUCACAAGAUCAUAAUCAUGAAUGGGGUGGUGGGAUUGGGUUCUGAAGAGCUGUUAAGAACAUCAGGAAGCUACCUGAUAGAUGACAUUGUUCCUCCUCAAAGCCUACCCGUCGCCAUUGUAAAUAUGCAAGCUCCAACAGCUGAUGAGAUUGCCACUGCUCUGAAGCAAGUCACCAAAUCUGCUGCUGGAAAGUGAUUAUAUGAUGUCACCGGAACCUGGGUCUAUGUAUUUUUUGAGAAGAAACGAGGCUUCCAUCAAGAAUGAAUUAAGGCGGAGAAUGAAACACAUCUAAACGAGGCCUAUUACUAAGAUUCCAGCUAGCCAACUGGAGCAUGCAUGGUAGUGUUUUUUCACAACAUAUUGCUUAAAGUAGCAACAUGGUAGUGUUUUUUUUUUUUUUGAAGGGAAAGACGACAAACUAUAUUAACUGAAACUGAGGAGUACAUGGUGUUUGGCUCCAAAACCAGUUGGCUUGCAAACUAUCUCUUUUGAGCGUGUGCGCAGGCAUGCCAGCACCGUGGGGUGCAGUCGUCGGGAAUCCCUUGACCUGACUUCU